CGAUAAAGAACUUAUAAAGGAUGUAAUCCUUACCCAUCUGACGCCUUUGAUAGCCGAAAAGUUUAAGAAUUUUGCCAGACAUGCUAGAAACGUCCACUCCACCACUCCAAUUGAGCCCGCAGGAACUUCUCAAUCGCCGACACCUAUCGCCACUUCUUUUGGAUCCGCGACUACAACCAGCUCCACAAAACCCAAAUUCGUGAACACCACAACGAUUACAGAAACCGUUGAACUGCAAACUUCAGCCGAUCAAGUUUAUGAAACUUUACUGGAUCCAGGUCGCGUUGCUGCUUGGACAAGAUCAAGAACUGAUAUCUUUCGACAUAUUGGAAGCACCUUUAGCAAUUUUUCAACGGUCACUCUGGAAUUUGAACAAGAAAGCGAUUAUACUCGCGUUAAUGUCACUCAAAAAGGCGUUCCAGUUGGUGAAGAAGAAAUUGUCAAGCGAAACUGGAAAAAUUAUUAUUGGAAUCCUAUCAAAAGCGUUUUCGG